AUGGGGAUCCGGGAGUUCCCCAACGGCUCCGCGCGGGGCAAAGCCGCCACCCUCGGCAUGCGGCGCUCCCCCGAUGUCAGCCCCCGGCGGCUGUCCGACAUCAGCCCGCAGCUGCGGCAGCUGAAGUACCUGGUGGUGGACGAGGCCAUCAAAGAGGACUUGAAGUGGUCCCGCUCCGUGGAGGACCUCACCAGCGCUUCCGUGGGGCUCACCUCCAUCGAGGAGCGGAUCCUGCGCAUCACCGGCUACUACGGCUACCAGCCCUGGGCCGCCAGCUACAAACGGGAUGAGCGCUCCCGGGAGUCUCCAGCCCCAGCCGAAGCACAGAUGCAAGCCGGGGCGGAAGGCGGUGGAAGGGUGAACCGCUGUUGCUGGAAAUGCUCCAUGACGCAACUCAAGAAGGUUUUCUGGGGUGUGGCUGUGGUCCUGGGUGUCUGCUCCUCUUGGUCGGGUUCAACCCAGCUAGCAAAACUGACCUUUAAGAAAUUCGAUGCACCCUUCACUCUAACGUGGUUUGCAACAAACUGGAACUUUUUAUUCUUUCCUUUGUAUUAUCUUGGACAUGUUUUUAAGUCAGCUGAAAAGCAGUCUCCAAAGGAAAGAUACAGGGAGUGCUGCCAAUUUUUUGGAGACAAUGGCUUGACUUUGAAGGUGUUUUUUACCAAGGCAGCACCCUUUGGUGUUCUUUGGACACUCACAAACUACCUUUACUUACAUGCAAUAAAGAAAAUAAACACUACGGAUGUCUCCGUGUUGUUCUGCUGCAACAAAGCUUUUGUGUUCUUGCUUUCAUGGAUCGUUCUGAGGGACAGGUUCAUGGGAGUGAGGAUCGUGGCUGCUAUAUUUGCUAUUGCAGGGAUAGUUAUGAUGACGUACGCUGAUGGGUUUCACAGCCACUCUGUUAUUGGGAUAGCCCUGGUGGUGGGCUCUGCCUCAAUGUCUGCUCUCUACAAGGUUUUAUUCAAACUUCUUUUGGGCAGUGCUAAAUUUGGAGAAGCUGCCUUAUUCCUGUCUGUGUUAGCUGUCUUCAACGUCCUCUUCGUUACCUGUAUUCCUGUCAUCCUUUAUUUUACCAAAGUGGAGUACUGGAGCUCUUUUGACGUCAUUCCUUGGGGAAACCUCUGUGGAUUUUCAGUUCUCUUAUUGACAUUCAAUAUUCUACUAAAUUUUGGGAUUGCUAUUACCUACCCCACCUUGAUUUCUCUUGGAAUUGUACUGAGUGUCCCAGUGAAUGCGGUUGUUGAUCACUACACGAGUGAAAUUGUCUUCAACAGUGUCCGAGUAAUCGCCAUCAUCAUUAUUGGCCUGGGCUUCCUCCUGUUGCUCUUGCCAGAGGAAUGGGAUGUCUGGGUAAUAAAGCUCCUCACGCGUCUCAAAGUCCGGAAGAAGGAAGAAAUCCCCGAAGGGAAUGGAGACAUUGCUUCAGGACUGCCUAACAAAAGCCGGAGAACUCGCCCCUCCAUGUCAUCCUUUGCUCAUUAA